AUUGAAAAGCUGGACUAUCAUUGGUAUCUGCCUUUGUUUUUUGAUGGGCUUUGUGAAAUGACAUUUCCAUAUGAGUUUUUUGCUCGUCAAGGAAUCCAUGACAUGCUGGAACAUGGUGGAAACAAGAUUCUUCCUGUCAUUCCUCAGCUCAUUAUCCCAAUAAAAAAUGCACUGAGCCUUCGUAACCGACAGGUCAUCUGCGUCACGCUGAAAGUCCUCCAGCACCUGGUGGUGUCAGCUGACAUGGUGGGGCAGGCUUUGGUGCCCUAUUAUCGGCAAAUCCUCCCAGUCCUAAACAUCUUUAAGAAUAUGAAUGUUAAUUCAGGCGAUGGGAUAGACUACAGCCAGCAGAAGCGUGAAAAUGUUGGAGUUCUGAUUCAAGAGACACUGGAAGCCUUUGAACGCUACGGUGGAGAAAAUGCAUAUAUAAACAUUAAAUACAUGAUCCCUACUUACGAGUCGUGCAUAUUAAACUGAGUUGUAACAAAUGGGACGAUUCCAUUUGUGUUCUAAAAAAACUGUAUCUGACUCUGUAUGGCAUCUUGUUAGUCAUGCUUUUUUUCUCUACAGCUGCUAAAAGAGUGGCUUUUGGGGCAUUAGAGUGUUAGCACUAUUGUGCACAAGGCUUUCCAAUACAUAAAUAGUGCCUGUUCCUUGGAUUACAAUGGUGUACUGUGCUUGUUUGUUCCCUGAAAGAAUCGCUCCUUUAUAACAGCGCUGACUCGAGCAGGAAUUGGAGUUAAACCUUCACUUGUAUAGACAAUAAAACUAUAAUUUUCAUACGC